CGAAAGCGAGCGAACUAUUCUUGACUUGGAAUCAAAAAUGGCUGACAGCGGGGAUGCCGUCAACAGUACAUCAUCAGGAAAAGCGGCCAGAAAUACUGUUAUCGAUGGACCUGUCACCGAUCCAGCUUCAAAUAAUAAGAGCCUAGAGGCAUCAAAUAAUGCCUUUCACGGCGCGAGAACAAAAUUAGAUUCCAAGUCUGGAGCCUUGAAGAAGUCCAGCCGCUAUCGUAGCCGCUCUUUAUCAGCCAGCAGCACAGAUAGUUACAGCUCUGCUUCUUAUACAGGAAGCUCAUCUGACGAAGACGAUGUUUCUCCACGCGAAAAAAUUCAAAAAACGGAGAAGGGUUUCACCGAUUUUUGCGUACGCAAUAUCAACCAACAUGCGUUUGGUCGAAGAGAAAUAGAAAUAGCGGAACAGGAAAUGCCUGGAAUUAUGGCGCUCCGUAAACGUGCAGCUGACGAUAAGCCAUUGAAGAAUGCUAAAAUUGUGGGGUGCACUCAUAUCAAUGCUCAAACUGCUGUCCUCAUUGAAACAUUAGUACAUCUAGGAGCACAAGUCAGAUGGGCAGCGUGUAACAUAUAUUCUACACAAAAUGAGGUGGCUGCUGCCCUCGCUCACGCUGGUUAUCCAAUUUUUGCUUGGCGCGGUGAAACGGAAGAAGAUUUCUGGUGGUGUAUCGAUAAAUGCGUAGCAGCUGAAAAUUGGCAACCUAAUAUGAUAUUGGAUGAUGGUGGAGAUGCAACACAUUUAAUGCUCAAAAAAUAUAACGCCAUGUUUAAGAUGAUUCAAGGAAUCGUCGAAGAGAGCGUAACAGGUGUACAUAGGUUAUACCAAUUAUCCAAAGCGGGCAAAUUAUCCGUCCCUGCCAUGAAUGUAAACGACAGUGUAACAAAAACGAAGUUUGACAAUCUUUACAGCUGCCGUGAAAGUAUUAUCGAUAGUUUGAAAAGAUCCACAGAUAUUAUGUUUGGUGGAAAGCAAGUUGUAAUUUGUGGCUAUGGUGAAGUUGGUAAAGGCUGCUGUCAAGCUCUUAAAGGCUUGGGAUGUAUUGUUUAUAUAACUGAAAUUGAUCCAAUUUGUGCUUUACAAGCUAGUAUGGAUGGCUUUAGAGUAAUGAAGCUAAACGAAGUUAUCAGAAAUGUUGACAUUGUUAUUACAGCAACGGGCAAUAAAAAUGUAGUUACACGUGAACAUAUGGACAAGAUGAAGAACGGAUGUGUGGUGUGCAAUAUGGGACACAGCAAUACGGAAAUAGACAUUAACAGUUUACGCACGCCCGAUUUAACUUGGGAAAAAGUAAGGUCUCAAGUGGAUCAUGUUAUCUGGCCAGAUGGAAAGCGCAUCGUGUUAUUAGCAGAAGGCCGUUUAGUCAACUUAUCUUGUUCCAGUAUUCCCUCAUUUGUUGUAUCAAUUACAGCUGCUACUCAAGCGUUAGCACUCAUUGAACUUUUUAACGCUCCUCCGGGACGAUAUAAAAGCGACGUUUAUCUACUACCAAAAAAAAUGGAUGAAUACGUGGCGUCACUACAUUUACCGACGUUUGAUGCACAUUUGACGGAGUUAACGGACGAACAAGCAAAAUACAUGGGACUUAAUAAGGCUGGACCUUUUAAGCCUAACUAUUACCGCUAUUAAAAAUAUGGACGAGUGACAUAGCACAGUAUAUGCGAUAUUUGAAACUUUAAGUUUACGAGUAUUAAGAAAGCUGCCACGUUUCAAUAAAUUUCCUUCUAUUAAUUUUGUUUAUCGGAAUCAAUAGAAAUUUUUCAUAAGAUUUCCUGUUAACUUUAACGUGAUACUAAGCUGUUUUAUUGCCGUAAACGAGUAUUUUCCGCGUGUGUCACCAGAAAUAUCGCCUCAACACUGGUUGCAAUAAUCAAUACUAGAAGUUAUAUAAGUGAACAUAUAUGUAUAUUGAGUUAAUUUUCCCGCGUAUAUAAAGGAUUAAUUUAUUAUCUAUGUAAGCAUAAAGUCAGAUGUGCAGUUGAUCAGCCAAGUCGAAGUUGUAGUUUGCCAAAUGCCAAUUUUCAUAGCGAGAAUUUAAACGAAAGUGUGUGGUAAAGAUCUGUACGCGUAAAACAUUUUUUAAUGUCAUAGAUUACGCGAUUAGAAGUUGUCAUUGAGAUUAUCGCGGUCUGUUAAAUACUAUUUUCAGUAAACUGUUAGUUACGAAAAAUACCAAUUUUUCUGGUAUCAUUGAAAAUGUGUACAUAUACAUAGAAAAUUAAAUAUUGCAAAACAUUUGUUGUCAUACGAUCCACUGAAAUGCGUAACAUACAUCUGAUGAAUUAAUGUUCGCAACAAUUACAUCCAAUCAUUGUUCUCAAUUUACUCAUUGAAACAGCAAUUGAUUAUACCUGUAUUUAGUGCCUCCGUUUCUAAGAGGAUGACAGUGUAAACGCCAAUCAUUUCCACUAUGUGUACAUAAUUAUCUAAAACAAACGGAAAACAAUUAGUACGGGUAAAAAUCUUAUCAGAUUGAUCCUUUUAUAAUUGAUCGUACCUCUGUCUCGAUAAAAACUAUCGAUAAUUACAAAUAGAAAACUAAUAAACAUCUAUGAUGCCUUGUACACCA